AUGUCCGAACAAUUAAAUGAACUCGAACAACAACUUGGUUAUUAUUUUAAUGAUCGAAAUUAUUUACGUCGUGCUCUGACAUGUGAAAGUGACAUAAAUGAACGACAUUCUGAUGCAGCUGAUGAAAAUUCUAAAGCACUUGCAUUUAUAGGUGAUGCUGCACUUAAAUCUACCAUAGCUACACUUCUUUACGCCAAUCAAAAUCAACGAUCGAGUGCUGGUGAUAUGCAUAAUCAAGUUGUUCCAUAUAUUGAGAAUACUAAAUUGGCUGGUAUUGGACGUCAAUUAAAUUUAGAUCGAUAUAUGAUCAAAGGCAAAGGUGUACGGGAUGUCACUGAUAGUAUGUUUGCCACUACUCUCGAAGCGAUUUUAGGUGCAAUCGUUAUUGAUCAAAAAAACAAGGAACAUGGAUCUGAAGAUGUUUUAUUGGAUAUUAUUGCUCGUUUUUGGUCUAUUCAACGUAAAGGAAAAUCAAAAGUCAUACCACCGAUUCAACAAAAUCACAAUAAAGAUAAAUGUUGUUGCUGUAAUGCUUGCUGUAAAUAUUUUGGAAUUAUUACUGAUUUUCUCUUACAUUAUAUAAUAACAGUUGAAUUAGGUGUAUUCAAACAGUUUUAUCCGACAUUUGAAAAAAUUUCUCAAUCAAAUUCAACUACAUAUGUAUUAUAUGAUGCUGAUGAUGAUAAACAUCGAAAACAUCAUCGAUCUAAAACAACAACAACAGAUCAAUCUGUUGAAGAACCAACAGUUGAUCCAAAUUUUGACUGGCUUAAUCGAAAAGAUUAUCUUACAGAAACUUUUCUUCAUGAUAAUAUCAUGUUUAGUUCUCUACCAGAUAUUGAAGAUUUCUGGAAAUUUGUUUAUAAAUACCAAUUAUUUCAACAAAAACGAAAACAACCACCUAAACCUAUACCAAGCAGUAUAGAUACUGACCAACAACGAUCAUCUAUAUUAAAUUUACCAUUAAUCUAUGAAAAACGACAUCGUUUAAAUGCAUCUAUCACAAUUAAUAAAUCUCUCACACAUGCUGAACCACGUUAUGAUAUGAUGGGUGAGAGAAUAAUCGAACAUCAUCGUUUAUCAUCAACUCGAUUAGAAGAAUUUAAAUCUAUAAUUGAAUAUUAUUUUGAUUUUAAUCAAAAAGAAAAAUUUAAACGUAUUCAUAAACUUCGACAAGAUCAAAAUAAUUUACCUAUUGCAAUUCAUCGUCGAGAAAUACUUGAAGAAUUAAAAAAUCAUCAAGUUAUAUUAAUUGCUGGUGAUACAGGUUGUGGAAAAUCGACACAGAUUCCAAGAUUUUUACUUGAAGCUGGUUUUGAUAAAAUAGCUUGUACACAACCGAGACGUAUUGCUUGUAUAUCAUUAGCUAAACGUGUUAGUUAUGAAACAUUAAAUGAAUAUGAUAAUCAAGUUGGAUAUCAAGUUCGAUUUGAAAAAACUCGAGUAAAAUCAACGCGAAUUAUAUUUAUGACAGAAGGUAUUCUUUUACGACAACUUCAAACAGAUUCAUCAUUAUCUGAUUAUGAUAUAUUGGUUAUUGAUGAAGUACAUGAACGGCAUUUAUUUACUGAUUUUAUUAUGGGGAUUAUUAAAUGUUUAAUAACUCAGCGAAAAGAUUUAAAAGUUAUUCUUAUGUCGGCAACAAUUAAUAUUGAAUUAUUCUCAAAAUAUUUUGAUGAUUGUCCUGUUGUGAAAGUGCCAGGUCGUUUGUAUAAAAUUCAAGUUAAUUAUCAUCCAAUCAAAGUCGAAGAAUCUGCAGGAAAAACAGCUAAAAUUGAUGCUAAACCAUAUUUACGUAUUAUGGAACAGAUUGAUCUAAAAUAUCCAUCAACUGAUCGUGGUGAUAUGUUGAUAUUUUUAAGUGGUAUGGCUGAAAUUCAAGGAAUUAUGGAAGCAGCUCAAGCAUAUGCUCAAGAAAAUCUACGAUGGAUUGUCCUUCCAUUACACAGUGCACUUUCACUUGAAGAACAAGAUAAAGUAUUUGAUAUGGCACCUGAAAGUGUACGUAAAUGUAUUAUAUCAACAAAUAUUGCUGAAACAUCAGUAACAAUUGAUGGUAUGCGUUUUAUAAUUGAUUCUGGUAAAGUUAAAGAAAUGUCGUAUGAUGGAAAAUAUAAAAUGCAACGUUUACAAGAAUAUAAUAUAAGUCGUGCAAGUGCCGAACAACGUAAAGGUCGUGCUGGACGUACUGGACCUGGUGUUUGUUUUCGUUUAUAUAGUGAACAUGAUUAUUUAAGUUUUCAAGAAUAUUCAACACCAGAAAUUCGCCGUGUACCACUUGAUUCACUUAUGUUACAAAUGAUUUCUAUGGGUUUAAAAGAUCCGAGAAAAUUUCCAUUUGUUGAACCACCAGAUAUGGCAGCAAUUGAUACGGCUUUACUUCGUCUUCAAGAACAAGCAGCUUUAUCAACCAUUGAUUGUUCAUUAACAUCAAUUGGUUCAAUGCUUGCUCGAUUACCUGUCGAUGUUUCUAUUGGAAAAAUGCUUAUUUUUGCGUGUAUUUUUCAAUAUGUUAAUCCAAUAUUAAUAAUGGCAUCUGCAUUGAGUAUACAAUCACCAUUUCUUAGUUUUCUCCAAUGUGAUCCAGAUACUAUAACACGUCGUCGACCAAUGAUGUCUGAUCAUGGUGAUCCAUUUACAUUAUUAAAUCUUUUUGAUGAAUGGAUUUAUGUUAAAUCUGAUGGACAAAAUACUCGAACAUGGUGUAAACGAAGAGGAGUUGAAGAACAACGUCUUUAUGAUAUAACAAAACUUCGUCGACAAUUUCAAGAUAUUCUUCGAGAUUAUAAUAUGGAAAUUGAUUAUAAACAAAAUAAAGCACGUACAACACUUGAAAAACGUGAACAUUGGAGAAAAAAACAACAAUUAAAAGAUCUUAGAUCAGAACAUGAUAAAGAAUCAAAACAAAGAAAAUUUCUUAAAUUAGAAGAAUCUUCAAUGACUGAUGAUCAUGGUGAUGAUAAUGUAAAAAAAGAAGUUUUGAAAACAACUGAUAAAAUUCGUGAUAUUGAAUUUCGUCUUAUCAAUGAUUUAUCGGUAUUAAAAGAUAUGUCAACAGAUAGUCAAAAUUAUCGUUCGAAAGAUAUCAAUAUGCUUAAAUUAAUUCUUUGUUCUGGUCUUUAUCCACAAGUUGCAAUAGCUGAUGAAUUUAAUAAUUAUAAACGAGAUUGUGAUCAAUUCUUUCAUACAAAAACAAAACAAUUUGUGGUUCUUCAUCCAACAAGUGUCUUUACUUAUGAUCCAGAUAAUCUUCUACCUCCAACUUCAAGUAAAACAGUAACCAGUUCUAAUAAUAAAAAACAAGUAUUCAGUAAUAAACACGAACUACUUGUCUAUGUUACAUUAAUUGAAACCAAUAAACCAUAUAUAAUGAGUGUCAUGCGUACGCCUUCAAUGCAAACAUUAUUUCUUUAUGCAUCAACGCUCGAAACAAAUAAUGAUUUUACUCGUAUUCUAUGUGAUCAAUGGCUCGAAAUAACAUUUGAAAAUCCGGAAGCCGCACAAAGUAUUAUCUCAUCAUUAUUACUUUUACGUAAUGCUCGUGAUCUUCUUCUACAAUUGACAUUACAAGAUUUAAAUAAAUCAAUUGAUAUUGAACUUGUUUCAAAACCACGUACAUAUGAAUUACAACAUUUACUUUCAUUAAAAAUGACGGAAUUUCUUGAUAAUUCAUGUCUCUAUGCUAUUCGACGUGUUCUACCCGCUGAAUUAGAUACUAUUUAUCGAUAUAAUACUCAAGUCGACGAUGAUGAAGUUAUUGUAGAAAAAGAAAGUACUAAAAUUAAUGAAUAUUUAACAUAUAAUUGUUUACGAUCGAAUGAUGAUCAAGAAUCAUUUUGGUCAGAAUAUGCUGGUGCAACAAUGCAAAAACAUUGGAUUUGUCCUUAUUGUAAUGAAGAUAUUCUUGCUACUGUUGCCGAACGUGUUGCACAUGAAAAUCGAUGUCAAUUAAAUUCUUUAUGUAAUGAUGAUAAUCCAAUUUUUAAAUCAACACAAACGAAUAAAAAUGACAUAUUAAAUAAUUUAACAGCAAUUACUCAUACAACUUCAACAAUUAUUCCAACGACAAAAGAUUAUCAUUGUGACAUAUGCCAACAAACAUUUAAAUUGACAAGUAUAGAAAUCUUACGACAUCGUGCUACACAUCAAAAUUAA